AUGGAUACCAACGCAAAAACAAUUUUCUUCAUGGCUAUGUGUUUCAUCUAUCUAUCUUUCCCUAAUAUUUCACACGCUCAUUCUGAAGUCGACGACGAAACUCCAUUUACUUACGAACAAAAAACGGAAAAGGGACCAGAGGGAUGGGGCAAAAUAAAUCCGCACUGGAAAGUUUGUAACACCGGAAGAUAUCAAUCCCCGAUCGAUCUUACUAACGAAAGAGUCAGUCUUAUUCAUGAUCAAGCAUGGACAAGACAAUAUAAACCAGCUCCGGCUGUAAUUACAAACAGAGGCCAUGACAUUAUGGUAUCAUGGAAAGGAGAUGCUGGGAAGAUGACAAUACGGAAAACGGAUUUUAAUUUGGUGCAAUGCCAUUGGCAUUCACCUUCUGAGCAUACCGUUAACGGAACUAGGUACGACCUAGAGCUUCACAUGGUUCACACGAGUGCACGAGGCAGAACUGCGGUUAUCGGAGUUCUUUACAAAUUAGGCGAACCUAAUGAAUUCCUCACCAAGCUACUAAAUGGAAUAAAAGCAGUGGGAAAUAAAGAGAUAAAUCUAGGGAUGAUUGAUCCACGAGAGAUUAGGUUUCAAACAAGAAAAUUCUAUAGAUACAUUGGCUCUCUCACUGUUCCUCCUUGCACUGAAGGCGUCAUUUGGACUGUCGUCAAAAGGGUGAACACAAUAUCAAUGGAGCAAAUUACAGCUCUUAGGCAAGCCGUUGACGAUGGAUUUGAGACAAAUUCAAGACCGGUUCAAGACUCAAAGGGAAGAUCAGUUUGGUUCUAUGAUCCAAAUGUUUGAUAUAUUUACUUCUAUUAUUUUG